UUUUGUUUUCAAUUUCAUUAAUCUUUUCCCUCCCCCCAAACCCCAGUUUUGUUCUUAGUUUAACUCAUACUUCUUUUAGCUGUGAGUUAUUUAUAUUAAUCAUUUCUUGUAGUAUUUGUUUAUUUGGGUAUUUUUAGAAAUGCAACUGACAGGUAAUAUGUAGGAAUGUAAUUGAGAAACAUAACAGGAGAAUUGGGAUUUUAGAAAAUUUAUUCCUAGAAUUAGAUGAAGUGUGCAUCUAAUAGGUUCAUUAGCUUGGCCAGAAUGCUAUAUGUUGUGGGUAUUUCUUGGAAAAUUAAGAUAAUUGAAUCAUUGAAUUCAUGUUAUAGCUAUAUACUAUAUGCAAGUUCUCUUAUUUUCUUUAUCUAAAUAACAAAUUUGUAUUUCUAAGAUCCAGACUAAUUUUUAGAAGGGUAUAUUCUUGCAAGGAUAAAGAUAUGAUCUUGUACAUAGACAUGUAUAUAGAAUAUAAGCCCUAGAUAAUGUAAAGUUAAUAUUUUUAAUGAGGGUAACUUUCUGCAAUAUCCUUAAAUCUUUGCACCGAUAAAAAAAAAGAAUAUCCUUGGAUCUCUGCUCCAACAGCCAGCUCCAUCGGUAGUGGUACUAUUUGAAAUUUCACUAAUUCCAUUCUUAGAAAGUGUGGUACUGAAAGACGUAAAUUGGAUAAGGAAAUCUGUCUCUGUUGGAUGAAGUUUCAAAAUGGAUUCCUUUUCUUUCAACUAAUAGAACUUUUGAAAAAGUGAGGAAUGUGUUGCCAAGGACAUUCCAGAAGGUCACCCAUCUUAGGAAAACGAACUCACUUUAGGUUCACAUGUUUCCUAAAUGGUUUAUACGUGCCAAGUUUAGUUGAGAAAAUAGUAACUUAUAGAUUGGGAAAAUAAGAAGAUACCAUUAGUCUUAUGGUGUUGGAAUUUUGGUCACUUAAUUCCUUUUUUUGGUGGUAAGAUUAUGCAAAUGAUUAAGAUGUAAUAAGCAAGUUUAGGGUUGUAUUGAAGGUGCCUCUGUGUUGUAUUUUUCUUAUUUCUUCAUGAAUCUUUUUCAACUAUAUAAAUCUUGGUCCUAUUUUUGUCGUUAUUAAAGAGAACAACUUCUACUUUUGAGCCCACGUAUCACUUCAGCCAGUGAAGCCAUGGCCAACUGAAAGAAGCCUGAAAAACAGAUGGAAGGGUGGAAACUAAGGAAGAAAGAGAUGUAGAUAGAAACUGCUUUCGAUGAGCCCGAAUCUGGCUAACCUUAUUGGGCACAUAUACAAGUAUAUUGAUUUUUAUCAGGCUAGCUUUAAAGAGCACCUUUGUAUUGAAUGAUUUGAAAUGGAAAGAAGCGGCUUGUAACGGACUGCAAUUCUCCUAGACUGCAAGCAUGCAAGCCAACAAGCGAAUGACACUGUGAACUAGUUAAGAUUAUAUAUUAACAAAUUAUGAAGGCACAUUGAAGCCUUUUCUAUGAACUUGCAUUCCUGUCUCCAGCAGUCAAGAUCAAUGUGUGACCACAGUUUGACAGUGAAACCUCCUAAAACCUUUUCUUAUCAAGAAUGUGCCAGUUGUUCAAGAUACGCGAGUCAGCAUAUUCAGAAUUUGGUUGUGGAAAGAAACAGCAAUUUCAUCAGAAAGAUGUCAGUUUAUGAAAUGUAAAGGGACUGUAAAUACUAGUAUUAUGUUUGGCGAAUAGCCUAUAAUCACUGGCUAUCUCAUAACUCGAGACUUUAGGGCUAUAAAACAGUAUGGUGAUGCAGAGGGAUGUCAAAUAAGUGCAUGAGUAGAACAUGCACAUUGAUCGUCCAUUUUUGUCACAGUUUUGGCAUGGCCCAUCUCUUGUACAUCUUCUGUUCAUAAUGCCACUUAUCUGUUAAAUUGUUCACUCUUUUUGAAUUUGUUAUUGAGAUCUCUAAGUUUGAGGGAAGCUACUCUCCAGCUUUUUACAUUCUAGAAACUUUGAAGUACUGUUUUUGGUAUAUCGAUUCUACAUCCUGGUAAUAAAAUCCUCUAAUCAUAAACUAAGGUGGUGCCGUACAGAUAGUUUUCAUUGCAUAUGGCCAAUCUUGAUGGCGAUGAUGAACCUGAAUGGAUAAAGAGGGUGAAAUCAGAAGGUGCCGUUCCCCUUCUGGACCCAGAUGACUGCUCAAAUGGUUGGGCUUCUCCACCGGGGAACGGUUUCAUGGUAAGAGGUCCAGAAUACUUUUCAACAAAGGUUAAAGUUCGUGGGGGGGAAUUUCUUCUAAAACCUCUUGGUUUUGACUGGAUUAAAGGUCCCAAAAAGAUUUCUGGUCUCCUGAAUAGUCCAGCACACCGUAUCAGGAGGGCUCUUCAAGAGGAAAAUCCAACUGGUCACAAGCCCUUUAUUUGGGUUUUCAACUUGCAAGUUCCUAGUAAGGAAAAUUAUAGUGCCGUUGCAUAUUUUGUGGGUCUUGAGCCUGUCCCCGAAGGGUCUUUAAUGGAGCAGUUCUUGAAAGGGGAUGAUGCAUUUAGAACUAGAAGGCUUAAAUUGAUAGCAAAUAUUGUUAAAGGACCUUGGAUUGUAAGAAAGGCAGUUGGGGAGCAAGCUAUAUGCGUAAUUGGUCGUGCGCUGACUUGCAACUACUGUAUAGCAGACGACUUCAUAGAAGUAGAUAUUGAUAUUGGAUCUUCUGUGAUAGCAAAUGCAAUUGUUCAUCUCGCAUUUAAUUAUCUAUCAUCUCUUACUGUUGAUUUAGCUUUCCUUAUUGAGAGUCAAGCUCAACCAGAACUACCAGAACGGAUUUUAGGAGCUGUAAGAUUUUCAGAGCUGAAAACCACUUCAGCAAGGCCAGUUGAAAUGCCAUCUGAUGGGAACAUGGGAGAGUUGCCGCCUUCUUUCUCUUCAAGGUUAUGGAAGUCGUUUGGGCACAGUUUCUCCCACCGUGUUCAGACAGAUACUCAAGAUGGUAGCUCCAGCUCAUCACAUGUAGAGGGGGCUGUUGAUAAUGGGAUGUUCGAAGAAGAUACAAAAAAAUGACCUCCACACUGUAAAUUCGACGAAUUUCUUGAAAGGUUCAAUGGCUUCAGGCGUGAGGAAUCUUACUAUUGGUCUCUUGUUGCAGUAGAAUUAUAUACUACAAACAUAUGCAUACAGCUCUGUGGCAAAUUUAGCGACACGAAACUGCAGUAACAUUCUUCGGCUGUAUUGGCCUCUGCCAUUCUCAUUUCUUUCUGAAAACCCACUUCUUCAGCUGCUCAUUCAUUUGUAUUCUUGAUAUUGAUUUUUAUUUGUUUAUAUCGAUUGCUCGGUAACAACCGGAUACUAAUUUGAAGGGGUUUGAUUGGCUAUACAUUGUUUCUUUU